AUGCUCUGGCGCCGUCUCAGUGCGCUCACCACCGCCGCCCUCGCCCUCUCCGAAUCGCGCGCCGGGGCCGCGCCAGCCGGGUUCCCGAGCUCGGGAAACGGCCUGUGGUUCACGACGCCCGGCGUCGCCUGGGGCCGCGAAUGGCUCCCCGUCGGAAACGGGUACCUAGCCGCGAUGGUCAACGGCGGUGUCGCACAGGAAGCCGUCCAGCUGAACAUAGAGUCGCUCUGGUCGGGCGGACCCUUCGCCGAUCCCACGUAUAACGGCGGGAACGACUUCCCGAACGACACCGCCGAGCUGUCCCAAUGGAUGCAGACCUACCGGCAAGAGAUCAUGCAGUCGCCCACGGGCACCAUCCAAGAAAUCAGCGAACUGCAGACCGACGCAGGCGCAUACGGGUCUUACGCCGGCGCCGGCUACCUCCUCGCGACGCUCGACCUUCCCUCCGCCGCCUACACCGAUUACGCGCGCUGGCUCGACAUGGACGCCGGCGUCGCGCACAGCACCUUCACCGUGAACGGCACGGCGUUCUCCCGGCAGACGUUCUGCUCGCACCCCGCCCGCGCGUGCGUGCAACACCUCUCCGCCUCCUCCACAUCGAAGAAGACGAAAGCGGCGCUCCCGACCUUGACGCUCGCGUGGUCGAACUACUCCGAGAGCGACGUGCCGCUCCUGCCGAACGUGACGUGCGAGGACGACGGCACGCUGCGCGUGCGCGGGCUCGUGAGCGCGCCGGGGAUGCUCUACGAGCUGCUCGUCCGCGUCCAAACCGCCGGCGGCUCCAACCCCACCGUCAGCUGCUCGUCCGUCCCCCCAGGCCCGGGCCAGAACGCGACGAUCACCGUGCACGGCGCCUCCGAGGCGUGGUUCACCUGGGUCGGCGGCACGAAUUACGACUUUUCCGCGGGCGACGCCGCACACGGCUUCUCCUUCGCCGGCGCGGACCCGCACCCCGCCCUCCUCGCCCUCCUCCCCUCCCCUUCCUCCUCCUCCUCCUCCUCUCCCUCCUCCUCCUUCUCGUCCGCGCUGAACACGCACACGGCCGACUUCGCCGGCUCCAUCUCCAAGUUCGCGCUCCGCCUGGGCGCGGGGUGGGGCGCGUCGGACCUGGGCACGCCGACGGACGAGCUGCGCGCGGCGUACGCGGUGGACGCGGGGAACCCGUACCUCGAGUGGCUCGCGUUCAACCUGGGGCGGUACAUGCUCCUGUCGAGCGCCCGCGGGUCGUUGCCCGCCAACCUCCAGGGAAAAUGGGCGAACGGGUACGCGAGCGCCUGGUCGGCCGACGCGAAUAUCAACGUGCAGAUGAACUACUGGGCGGCGGAGAUGACCAACCUAGACGUGACCCAGAGCCUGUGGGACUACAUGGAGAAAACGUGGGCUCCGCGCGGGGCGUACACGGCCAACGUGCUGUACAACCUGACCGGAUGGGUCACUCACAACGAGAUGAACAUCUUUGGGCAUACCGGGAUGAAGGCCGGCGGCACGGGCAGCGCGCAGUGGGCGAAUUACCCAGGUGAGCGGAUGCUCCACGUUUGGGACCACUUCGACUACACGCACGACGUGGCCUGGUUCCGGAGCCAGGGCUACCCGCUCCUGAAGGGCGUCGCGCGGUUCCACCUCGGCAAGCUCAUUCCGGACGCGCACUUCAACGACUCGACGCUCGUCGUCGCGCCCUGCAAUUCGCCCGAGCAGCUGCCCAUCACCCUCGGUUGCGCGCAUUCGCAGCAGCUCAUUUGGAUGUUGCUCAACGCGAUCGAGAAGGGGUGGCCCGCGUCCGGUGACACGGACGCCGCCUUCCUCGCCGAGGUCAAGGCGAAGAAGGCGCAGAUGGACAAGGGCGUCCACGUCGGGUCCUGGGGCCAGCUCCAAGAGUGGAAGGUCGACAUGGACUCGCCGACGGAUACCCACCGCCACCUCUCGCACCUGAUCGGACUCUACCCGGGCUACGCCGUCGCGUCCUACGCCGACCAGGCGAACUACACGAAGGACGAGGUGAUCGCCGCCGCGACGACGUCGCUCAUCCAUCGCGGGAACGGCACGGGCCCGGACGCGGACGCGGGCUGGGAGAAGGUCUGGCGCGCCGCGGCGUGGGCACAGCUCGGCAACGCGACCGGGUUUUAUCACGAGCUGACGUACGCGCUUUCGGAGGACUUUGGGCCGAACCUGUUCAGCCUGUACGAUCCCGCCGACCCCGACCCGAUCUUCCAGAUCGACGCCAACCUCGGCUACCCCGCCGCCGUACUGAAUGCGCUCAUUCAAGCGCCCGACGUUCCGACGGCCAACGCCACCCUCGUCGUCACGCUCCUUCCCGCGCUCCCGAGCGCUUGGCCUACGGGUUCGAUCACUGGCGCCCGCCUCCGCGGCGGGAUCACGUUCGACUUUGCGUGGUCAGGCGGAAAGCUCACCCACGCGAACGUCACGGUGGACGGGGGCGUGACGCCGCGGAACGUGCGGAUCGUGUAUGGGGGAAAGACUCUGAAAUCGUUCAGAACGAGCAGCGGUGCGAAAGUUAAGGUGCUGUGA